UUCCUCACACAGGCUGCUUGCAAACUUUGCAGUGACAAGCAGUGCAUUCAUAGUCUCUCGGUUCGUAAACUCUAAGAACCUCGGGUAGCAUCAUUAUUACAUCUUUAAUAAUCCUUUUUUUUUCUAGGGCUGUUGACUUAAAUGAAGCAGGCAACAGUUAGUUAAUCACAAUUCCUGUUAGUGUGAUCUGUGUGGACCUUCAGUAGCGUUUAGUGAGCCUCCUCAGGUGGUUGAUCUUUCUCUCAUUGUCAUCAUCAACAACAUCAUGACCAUUAGCAUCGCUCUGAUCUGGGCAGUAGUGGUGGGAUUCUGCUGCCUUCUGUGGCUCGCUGUGGGGAUACGACGCAGGCAACCUGGUGAACCUGCAGUUGAGAAUGGCUUCAUCCCCUACCUGGGCUGUGCUCUCCAGUUCGGAGCCAACCCUCUUCAGUUCCUCCGCAGCCGACAGAAGAAGUACGGCCACAUUUUCACCUGCAAGAUCGCAGGCCAGUACAUCCACUUCCUGUGUGACCCCUUCUCUUACCAUUCAGUCAUCCGACAGGGGAGACACUUAGAUUGGAGGAAGUUCCACUUUGCAACAUCUGUCAAGGCGUUCGGCCACGACAGCUUUGACCCUCGCCAUGGCCACACCACAGAGAACCUUCACCAAACCUUUCUGAAGACGCUGCAGGGUGAGGCUCUGCCCUCCCUGAUAGAGACCAUGAUGGGCCACCUCCAGGACGUCAUGCUGAGGUCGGGCAAACUCAGCCCUGGCAAGAACCACUGGGAGGUGGAUGGCAUCUUUGCUUUCUGCUACAAGGUGAUGUUUGAGUCCGGCUACCUGACUCUGUUUGGUAAAGAGCUCGGUGAAGACAAGUGUCAGGCCCAGCAGGCGGCUGAGAAAGCCUUGGUGCUCAACGCUUUGGAGAACUUCAAAGAGUUUGACAAGAUCUUCCCUGCGUUGGUGGCUGGCCUGCCCAUCCAUGUCUUCAAGAGUGCUCACAGUGCCAGAGAGAACCUAGCAAAGACCAUGCACGCUGAAAAGUUGUCCAAGAGAGAGAACAUGUCUGAUCUGAUCUCUAUGAGGAUGAUCCUGAAUGAUUCCUUAUCUACCUUCAAUGACGUGAGCAAGGCCAGGACCCACGUCGCUCUGCUCUGGGCGUCACAGGCUAACACCCUGCCUGCUACCUUCUGGAGUCUCUUUUAUAUGAUCAGGAGUCCCGAUGCCAUGAAAGGAGCCCGACAGGAAUUGCAGAAAAUUCUGGAGGAUUCAGGCCUGACGGUGGACCCUAGCGACCCCACACUGAACCUGACCAGGGAACAGCUGGACAACAUGCCUGUUCUGGACAGCAUCAUAAAAGAAGCCAUGCGUCUUUCCAGUGCUUCCAUGAACGUACGUGUUGCCAAGGAGGACUUCCUGCUUCACAUGGACAACAAUGAAGCUUACCGUAUUAGGAAGGAUGAUGUCAUUGCCCUGUAUCCACCCAUGCUGCACUACGAUCCAGAAAUCUUUGAGGAUCCUUAUGAGUACAAGUUUGACCGUUUCCUGGAUGAGAAGGGUCAGGAGAAAACCACCUUCUACCGUAACGGCCGGCGGCUGCGUUAUUUUAACAUGCCCUUCGGCUCUGGCGUCACCAAAUGCCCCGGCAGAUUUUUUGCUAUUUACGAGAUCAAGCAGUUUCUGACUCUAGUGCUGUCCUACUUUGAAAUGGAACUAUUGGACCCUGCUAUCAAAGCCCCGCCUCUUGACCAAUCCCGUGCUGGUCUGGGAGUCCUCCAGCCUACUUAUGAUGUGGACUUCAGGUACAAACUGAAAUCGAACUACUGAGCACUUUGUCAAACAGAGUGAUUGAAGUACAUAUUGUACAUAGUGUAUAUAUUUAACCGUGUUAAUGAAGAUGCCUUGCAGUAUAUGUGAAUAGACUUAUGACUUAUGAAUUAUGUAUUUUUUGUUGCUGUAAUUUGCUGCUGAUGAACAUGUAUUCUGCAUUUACAAACUGUUCAAACCCUUCAUCUGGUAGUGUUGUAUAAACUGUUCAAACCCUUCAUCUGGUAGUGUUGUACCAAACAUUUCCUGUCUCUGUUGGACCAGACAAUCUGGCAUCUCAGAGUAAAAGUGCUGAGUAGCAUAUCGAUUUCCUGUGGACAGACCUAGAGCCAUAUACAUUUAUAAAAUAAAUGUUUGGUUUUUUUUGCAUGUUUGGCCCAUUUACCCAAAAUCUUGAGAAAUAAUGCAAACAGUUUUUUUUCAAAUCAGGCUGCAGGUUUUUUGUACCUUGCACACAGUCGUUGUUUUGAAUAGUUUCCACUAUGCCAAAUUAGUGUAUCAUGGUUAUACAUAGUAGACUCCUUAAAUCAAUCUGCGAUUCUUGAGACAAGACAAGAUAACCUUUUAAAGAAUACAGGUCUAGAAACUAGUUCUAAAAGAACUAGAAACUUAAAGCUCCAUUGUGUAAUGUUUUGAGUUGAUUCUUAGCAAAAAAAACAUUGUUCUUUCACAAAUAUGUGCUCAUUCAUGUGUAAUUACUUUCACCAACUAAUCAAAGAAUUCUUGUCAGCGUAGAAUCUGCCACAAGAAGUCGUACUUCUUGGAAUAAUACGGCCACCGUAGGAGUUAAAAUGCAAUCUGACUAGGAGGGGCUAGAAAGUAAUAUUCAGUUGUUAUUACAAUGUAGCUUUAAUAGGAAAUACUGUUCUUAACUAAGGCUCAUGAACGUAUGCUCAUUUGCACAAGUCAGUGUGACAUUUCUGCUGCACUGAUGACUGUACAGUUUGUUUAAUAAAGGUGUUUGCGAGUAACAGGUA